AUGACGCAGCUUUUCGCUUCUAGUCCGUCCGGUGUGACGAAUGAGAAACGUGGGAACUUCCCCGGUCUAUCCCUGGCUUCCAAAAAACACAAUGAAUCGAGCCAUCUCCCGACAAGGAUAAAGAAUUUCUUCCGCAUCAAUAGUUCCAGCAGCAAUGUCACUCCUCAUUCCAGCAGCGAUCGAGAACGAGACCGAGACGCCAACCCGUCCACCGGCGCCAAGGCGGAGGCGAAGUCGACAUUCAGACAAUCCCGUUUCCUACCUACUAUCGGUCGCAAUCGCUCAGCCACCGUCGCAAGUGAAGGCAACCCGCUCGACGAAGGCGUCUCUCCUACUGCUACUGCCAAUCCGUACUUCGUACACCAGGGUCAGCCUUCCCUGCAGCAUCGCAACGACGGCUCGGUCCCCUCCUCCCCUCCAGACACCCCUGAAGUGCAGGUGGAUGGUGUCUCUGCUGCUGAGCAGGCUACGACCGCCAACAAGGAGGAAUUAGCGCGGAAGCUUCGCCGGGUUGCGUCCGCACCAAAUGCACAGGGCCUUUUCACGCAAGGUCAGUCUGAUGCACGUCCUCAGACCGCGGAGAUGGGUAAAGAGCCUCUACUCGAACAAUCGGGGGCCACUCAGUCUCAAGUUUGCCUGGUAGGAGCCUCUGGAGAUUGUGACAUUAGUACACUUGCCGUACCCAAACUGGGCCCGAACAACAAGAUCCCGAGUCCCGGUCAGAUUCGCAACUCGGCUGCCUUCCGCAGGACGUAUAGUUCGAAUUCGAUUAAGGUCCGGAAUGUGGAGGUUGGCCCUAGCAGUUUCGACAAGAUCAAGUUGAUCGGCAAGGGAGAUGUAGGCAAGGUCUACCUUGUUCGUGAGAAGAAGACGAGUCGUUUGUACGCGAUGAAAGUAUUGAGUAAAAAGGAGAUGAUCAAGAGAAACAAGAUCAAGCGGGCACUGGCCGAGCAGGAAAUUCUUGCUACGAGCAACCAUCCGUUCAUUGUGACUCUGUACCACUCUUUCCAGUCUGAGGAUUACCUCUACUUGUGUAUGGAGUACUGCAGCGGCGGUGAAUUCUUUCGAGCACUUCAAACUCGCCCAGGAAAGUGUAUAUCGGAGGAUGCCGCCCGUUUCUAUGCCGCAGAAGUCACUGCCGCUCUAGAAUACCUCCAUCUCAUGGGAUUCAUCUAUCGCGAUCUGAAACCAGAAAAUAUUCUUCUUCACCAGUCUGGCCACAUUAUGCUGUCAGACUUCGAUCUGUCCAAACAAUCUGGACCAGGCGGGGCCCCUACUAUGAUUCCUCCUCGCAGCGGCAACUCCGCCACGUCGUUACCCACCAUUGACACCAAGUCAUGUAUUGCUGACUUCCGAACAAACUCGUUUGUUGGCACCGAAGAGUACAUUGCCCCGGAGGUCAUCAAGGGUUGCGGACAUACCAGCGCGGUCGAUUGGUGGACUCUGGGCAUCUUGAUCUACGAGAUGCUUUACGGGACCACGCCCUUCAAGGGCAAGAAUAGGAAUGCAACGUUUGGAAACAUCCUAAGGGACGAAGUGCAAUUCCCAGAGCAUGCGGGGGUGCAGCAGAUCUCGAAUUUAUGCAAGUCCCUGAUUCGCAAGUUGCUGAUCAAGGAUGAAACCAAGCGUCUUGGCGCUCGAGCUGGGGCGUCGGAUGUCAAGACUCAUCCUUUCUUCCGGCAGACGCAAUGGGCGCUCAUCCGCCAUAUGAAACCGCCCAUGAUUCCACACCAGAGUCGCGGAACGGACACGGCGAAUUUCCGUAAUGUCAAGGAGAGCGCAAGUGUCGAUAUUGGCGGGACUUCGAAGCCCAAGGGCGUCCCUCUAGAAUCCGGUCUUGCCACUCCCAACGGAGAGGUGGCUGAUCCUUUCGAGGAGUUCAAUAGUGUUACGCUUCAUCAUGACGGAGACUUUUAG